GUAGACGGUGGCGAAUACAUUCUGGGAACAAUAUGCAUCCGGCUGUUUUGUUGACGUUGCAUCCGGAUAAAUUUGAGCUAACAUUGUCUAUAGCACAAAUGUAUUAAUGAGUUACUAUUGGCUUGUAAUUGUUUAACAUGUUUGACUCAUUUGGUCAGUGAACGUGGGGCUAACUCGCGGUGCCCUAUGAAUGUAUUCUACUCGACGUCUCCCUACACAUGCAGUAUUUCUGUGCUGAUGCAGGGACAGUUCAUUGUUAGCCUAGCUGUAGCCAUGCUCUCAGACUCGGCUUUCACUUGUCUUCUGGGUUGUGGCUUGCUUGCAUCAGGGACAGCGGCUACUAGCUAGCUUAGUAGCUAGCUAGUACAAGCAUUUUCCCCGUAGUGGCGUUUUCGUGCUACCUUAGUUGUGCUUUGACGUUUCUUGAACAGUUUAUUUUGUCACAUUCCAUGUUACGGCAGCGGCUCGCUGAAACUGCGCCUCGUUUGUCUAAACGCACAGAAUUAGCAGUCGAGCUAACGUAGCUAAGCUAAUUAGCCGACUAGCUAUCUUUGAGGAAACGUCUGGCUGCUGUGUGACAUUUAAUUUCCUUGUUGUGACGCUGUCUACACCGGGGCAUCACACGUUAAAUCCUGUAAUUCGAGAGCGACCGGCCUGUGUUUACUAACGUUUUAACGGUUGUGAACCUGAGUUCUUUAUCCGUUUAGUUUGUGGUCGUUUUCUGCCACGAUGGCUUCUUCGUCUGGAAACGACGACGACCUCACCAUCCCCAGAGCAGCAAUAAACAAGAUGAUUAAAGAAACUCUUCCCAAUGUACGGGUGGCAAACGACGCUAGGGAGCUUGUGGUUAACUGCUGCACAGAGUUCAUACAUCUCAUAUCCUCAGAGGCGAAUGAAAUAUGCAACAAGUCCGACAAGAAGACCAUAUCUCCUGAACAUGUCAUCAAUGCCCUUGAAAGUCUUGGUUUCGCAUCAUACAUCACGGAGGUGAAAGAUGUCCUGCAGGAGUGUAAAACUGUAGCCCUGAAGAGGAGGAAGGCCAGCUCCAGACUGGAGAACCUGGGAAUCCCCGAAGAAGAACUCCUCAGACAACAGCAGGAAUUGUUUGCAAAGGCGCGACAGCAGCAGGCAGAGCUCGCUCAGCAGGAGUGGUUGCAGAUGCAGCAAGCUGCUCAACAGGCACAGAUGGCAGCAGCAUCUGCCAGCGCUGCCCAGCAGGCCGGUUCCUCUCAGGAUGAAGACGAAGAGGAUGACAUGUGAUCCCAGGGUGCCGUUCAAACUGUCUGGAUUCCUUCCUGGGACAGUUUUUGGCACCCAGUUCUCCCAGUGCUGUCAUAAGCAGAGACAUUACAUGUGUUUGACUGCUGGUAUUAUAUCUGUGUGACAUUUACAAAACACACAUGGGAAUGGACAGUGAAGAGAAAAAUGACGGGGGAUUACAAGACAGUCACACGUCAGAUACAAGAGCCUGACUUUUUUUUUUUUUUUUUUUUUUUUUUUUUUUUUGAGUUGGACAGCUGUUGGGAACGUUUUUCAUUAAUCUUAUCUCUCCCCUGUUUUCUGGUUGCUUAUGUUUAAUUUUGUCUUGACAUUAUGUUGUGAGUAAUUUGUAGAUUUCUGGAUGUGUUGUGGACACGCUCGAGGUAGUCAUGGCAAAUUCUGGCAACAAAGUGAUCUGGUACAGCCAGUUGCUUACUUAUCUGAUCCGUUGUCCUUCUGGUGGUAUAUAGGAAUUGUUUCAGAGCAGCUGAUUCCUCCUCUCUUGUGGUUUAGUAGUCAUUUUUUCAGAAAGGGUUUUCAUUUACCCUCAACUGGUUUAUUUCUUUAACAGAGAAUUGUUUGAAAGCUUGUGAAUAUCAGAAUAGUUUUUGUUAAGUAGUGAAAUAAAUGGAAAAUCUUUUUUUGUUAUUGUUUCAGAAUCUCUAUAUUGUUUUACUUCUUACCUUGAACCACCCACAGUAUUGCCUAUUAGCUACACCUUUCAGAAACAGAUUAUUUUUGUCUCAUAGAACCAAA